UGUAUAUGUGUAUGAAGCUAUUUUCACUACUGGUAAUGGCGCUUAAGCAUUGCGCCAUUUAGUUUGAUGGUAAUCCCAAAGCCAUUCUUUGGACGAAAAUAGAUGCCAGUUUCAACAAAUACUGAUCAUCUACAAUGAACUUUGCUUGUACACACAUACACACACACGCACACAUGCUUCAAACCAACAAGCCGGAAACACAUUUCCACGUGCCUCAGUCUGUCCAGUCGGAUUCUGGGGAGAAUAAUCAUUGGAAGGACAACAAAGACGACUCGAAGAGCGAGCCUGAGGUCGUCCGUGUUCAAAGGAAAAGCAAAAAAAGUCCUAGACUGGCUGAUUUGAGCGCCGAGACUAGGCAGGCAAAAUGUGCGCGGGGGCAUAUAAUGGCACGGGACUCGGUUACGGGGGGGAAAGGGCAAGAAAGAAUUGGAGGUGAGUGGGAGGGCAGCAUAUGGUGUCCUGUCCCCGCUGUUGGCUACUAUGCCUUGACUUGUUUGUACUUUGGGCGACGAGAGAGACAAUGGACAGAGACAGAGGAGAAACAUGGGAGACACAACAGACAUAGGAACAGGGAGACAGAGCCCCCCUGUUCACGCAAGAGUACGGGGUGCCUAGCAGGCCUGGUGCGCUACUUACCUUGGGGGGUGGUUGGCGUGGAUGGAUCAGGAAGGGAUCUCAACUUUGAGGGGGGGCACGUCAUGAGAGUUGUUGUUGUUGUUGCGUUGUGCCCGUGCCGAUGCAGUUCCUUGUUGCUGGGGCGUCCUUGGUCGUUGAGCUUUUGUUCACCUUUGGCUUGGGCACCGGAGUAUCUCGGCCAGGCCGGCCGUGUGUCUCCAACACGUCUCGUCCGGACUAUGCCAAAUGUCAAUGUCGUCGUCGUGCCUCGCGGAGAUUGUCGGUGUUUCGGUGAGUUCAAGAAGGAAGAAUCUAGACCGACUGAUCGCAUGUCCCCUCUGGUUUGUCCCCUGUGAAGCAAGAUACACGAUGCCGCCGGCUGAGUUGG